GCUUUUUGUAUUUUUUUUUACUUUUUUAUUAUCUUUGUUUACAAUGUGGCCGGACUGAUCGGUGUUUUCGAUCCAACUAUUGAAAAUUGUAUAUUACUGUAUCUGUAAUUUGUUUAUGUAUUUACUUUUGUUGCAUUAUCUUACCAGUCCACCAAUUCAAAUGAUAAUUUCAAAUCUUUGGAUGAUAAUAGUCAUAGGAUAGGUAGAUACACGGAUUUGUCGUGCUCGAUUUAAGUUGUAAAUUUUAAGUCUGGUUGCCUGAAAUGGCUGUAUUUAGCAAAGAAUAUUCACCCUUUUCUUGCUAUGAAGUUGGUCACACGUGGACCCCUUUCUGCCCAAGUGCAGCAGCUGGAGUUGGCCUAUCGUGUUUUGAAGAGGGAAUAAAAAUUUACUCAUCAGUUUACCUGCUGUCUGCACUUUUGAGUGGAAAACUACCUGAUAUUGGACAAGUGAAAAGGAUUGUUUCAAGCAUAUUGCAGUCAUCAUUUUUCCUGGGCUGUAAUGGAUUUUGUUUUAUCAGUGCCUUUUGUAUCUUCAGGAAACUAUGUGGCAAGUUUCGAGUGUUAAGCAGUGGAUUUUUUCCUUCAGUCCUGGCUAACAUAAUAGCAAUAUUAGUUGAGCGACCAACACGAAGACCUGCCUUGGCAGUUUAUGUCACCAAUGUGGCUUCUGAAACAAUAUACAAUCAAUUAGUAGACAGAGGCUUCUUGAAACCUAUUCCCCAUGGAGAUAUUGUCUUGUUUUCAGUCACAUUGGCAUGCCUUUUUAGGUGGUUUCAAACUACACAGGACCAUUCUAAUUUCCUAUUUAAAUUGAUAAGGGCUCUAGUCGGUGAUGGAGAAUUGAGACCAUCAUCAAAUAUACCAGCAGGGAAAAAAAACGGGAAACGUAUAUGGAAUAAAAGACAUGUGUUAUGUCCACACUCCAACGGCUGUAUUCAAAAUUGUUUUCAAAUUCUAGUCAAGAGAUUUUUAUGUGGCUGGGGUCUUCAUGCCUGUGGGUCAUUGCUUUUAUCUUUUCCACUUCUUCUGAGGAAACCAUCAAACUUGUUGGUAUUGUUGAGAGGGAUGAAGCAUGUACGCUUUGGAGCAUUUCUUGCAUCAUUGGCUACGGCGUAUCAAGCUGUUUAUUGUGCUCUUCGAUGGAUUCGGGGCUCAAAUGGAAAAAAUCAUGCUGUUUUAGCCGGUCUGUUUGCUGGAAUAAGCAUUGGCUUUUACAAAAAUUUAACCCUUAUCCUUUACCUUACCUGGAAGACUCUUGAAGUCCUAUAUUAUGAAGGAGUCGAGGCAGGAUAUUUGAUAAAAGUGCCAGGUUUCACUUCGAUUUUGUACAGUUUAUCAACUUCCAUCUUGUUUCAUGCAGCCGUGAUGGAACCGCAUAAUUUGAAACCUGCCUAUUGGAAAUUUCUGAUGAGAAUAACUGGCAGAAAGAUUUCGGAAUUGAACAGAAAAACUCUAGACAUUAUGGGACUGCAAAGUUCAAAAAUGUUGCCAAAUUUCACUCCAGUUUACGAAACCAAUUAUCUUAGUGAUCAGUUUAAGCUAUGGCUCCAAGGACGCGGUGAACACUAAGUUUUUCUUUCAACCAAAGACAGUUGUAACUAAAUAUAGUUUAAAGGACAAA